AUGUAUUAUGAUGCAAAUGUAACUUAUAUAACUCUGGAUGGGCAUGUGGACGUUAACAAAUACAGAUAUGUUUUUUUUUGUAUUAUGUUCAUAGCAUAUAUUCUAAUAAUCUGCAGUAAUUCUAUUAUUGUGUACCUUAUCUGGUUUCACGAAAACCUCCAUGAGCCUAUGUACAUUUUCAUUGCAGCUUUGUUAGUGAACUCUGUUCUUUACAGCACUAAUAUCUACCCAAAGCUUUUGGUUGACUUUUUAUCUGAAAAACAGAUCAUAUCUUAUUCAGCCUGUCUCUUUCAAUUUUAUAUAUUUUAUACUUUAGGCUGUUCAGAGUUCUUACUGUUGUCAGCCAUGGCCUAUGACAGAUAUGUGUCUAUAUGUAAACCUCUGCAAUAUCACACUAUCAUGACAAAAACCACAGUGAGUAUUUUUAUGUUCUUUGCUUGGCUUGGGCCUGCUUGUCAUAUUUUAGUCCUAACGAUAUUGAGUUCUGAAGCAAAACUGUGUGACUUAACUCUAAAAGGAAUAUUUUGUAACAAUUCAAUUUACAAACUUCAAUGUGUAACAUCAAGAGUAAUUACUAUUUUUGGUGUAGUCUGUUUAAUAGAUCUCUCAAUUCUGCCCAUGCUUUUUGUAGUUUUUACAUACAGCAGGAUAUUUAUAAUAACCUAUCGAAGUAGUAGAGAAGUCAGGAGAAAAGCUGCACAGACCUGUUUACCCCACCUGUUGGUUUUAAUCAGUUUCUCCAUUUUGAGUGUUUAUGAUGUCAGUAUAGCACGAGUAGAAUCCAAUUUUCCUAAAAUUGCACGCUUAAUAAUGACAUUACAAAUACUUUUGUAUCAUCCUUUGUUUAACCCACUCAUAUACGGGCUCAAAAUGAAAGAUAUUUCUAAACAUCUCAAAAGAUUGUUCUGUUCAGCCAAAAUGAUUUGA